GUUUCCCGUGUGAGUUAAUGGCUCCUCCUGCUACCGACGGAGACGGAGCUGGCACCGAUCGGCUAUACUGGGGGGAAAGCUGGAACACGGCGGAGAAAAGCGGCCAUUUACACCCCAAAUACCAGCGGGUUGUCUGUCGCAAUUGUGUAGGCGUAACCGGAGAGAGGCUGCCUGGGCGGGUCGUGCGGGCUGAGGGUUAAAUUUAGCAGCGACUUGGCAGAGGGAUAACGCUCUUUUUCCACCGAACAACUCCCCAGAUGAACUCCGUCAGAGCCACCAACCGGAGACCCAGGCGAGUGUCGAGGCCGCGCCCGGUGCAGCCCGAACGGAAUAACGGUGAUAGAGAUGAGGAGGCUCCUGCAGCAGCCGCAGCAGAGAUGGCCAUCGAGGAGUCCGGUCCAGGAGCUCAGAACAGUCCCUACCAGCUUAGACGCAAGACCCUGCUCCCCAAGAGGAGCGCUGCUGCUGCCGCUGCCGCCGCCUCCUCCACGACCACCGCCGCCGGAGCCUGCCCCAGCAAAAACCUGAUGGAGGGAGCAUCCACGUCCUCAGCAGAAGCCUUUGGCCACCGAGCCAAGCGAGCGCGUGUGUCUGGUAAGAGCCACGACUUGCCAGCAGCCCCGGCAGAACAAUAUCUGCAGCAGAAACUGCCGGAUGAAGUCGUCUUGAAGAUCUUCUCCUACCUACUGGAGCAGGACCUCUGCCGGGCGGCGUGCGUCUGCAAGAGGUUCAGCCAGCUCGCCAACGACCCCAUACUAUGGAAGCGCCUAUACAUGGAAGUGUUUGAGUACACGCGUCCCAUGAUGCACCCGGAGCCUGGCCGGUUCUACCAGGUCAGCCCAGAGGAGCAUGAACACCCCAACCCCUGGAAGGAAAGUUUUCAACAGCUGUACAAAGGUGCACACGUGAAGCCAGGCUUUGCAGAGCAUUUCUACAGUAACCCAGGCAGGUACAAGGGCAGAGAGAACAUGCUGUAUUACGACACCAUUGAAGAUGCACUUGGCGGCGUCCAAGAGGCUCACUUUGAAGGUCUGAUCUUUGUCCACUCCGGCAUCUACACGGAUGAGUGGAUCUAUAUUGAGUCUCCCAUCACCAUGAUUGGUGCAGCACCAGGUAAAGUGGCAGACAAAGUGGUGAUAGAGAACACAAGGGAUUCAACGUUUGUCUUCAUGGAGGGUUCAGAGGAUGCUUAUGUGGGGUACAUGACCAUCAAGUUCAAUCCCGACGACAAGUCAGCGCAGCACCACAAUGCCCACCACUGUCUGGAGAUCACUGUUAACUGCAGCCCAAACAUCGAUCACUGCAUCAUACGCUCCACAUGCACAGUGGGUUCGGCUGUGUGUGUGAGUGGCCAAGGAGCGUGCCCCACCAUCAAGCACUGCAACAUCAGCGACUGCGAGAACGUGGGGCUGUACAUCACGGACCAUGCGCAGGGCAUUUAUGAAGACAAUGAAAUCAGCAACAACGCGUUGGCAGGGAUUUGGGUGAAGAACCAUGGGAACCCCAUCAUCAGACGGAACCACAUCCACCAUGGGAGAGAUGUGGGUGUGUUCACGUUUGACCACGGCAUGGGCUACUUUGAGAACUGCAACAUCCACAGAAACCGCAUUGCCGGCUUUGAGGUGAAGGCGUAUGCCAACCCCACGGUGGUGCGCUGCGAGAUCCACCACGGCCAAACGGGCGGCAUCUACGUACACGAGAAGGGGCGGGGCCAGUUUAUAGAGAACAAGAUCUACGCCAAUAACUUCGCUGGUGUGUGGAUCACUUCCAACAGUGAUCCCACGAUACGGGGAAACGCCAUCUUCAACGGGAACCAAGGGGGUGUGUACAUCUUUGGAGACGGGCGGGGUUUAAUAGAGAGCAACGACAUCUACGGGAAUGCCCUGGCGGGAAUACAGAUCCGAACCAACAGCUGCCCCAUCGUACGGCACAACAAGAUUCACGACGGGCAGCACGGCGGCAUCUAUGUGCACGAAAAAGGUCAAGGGGUGAUCGAGGAGAACGAAGUGUACAGCAACACACUGGCCGGUGUUUGGGUGACCACGGGAAGUACCCCUGUUCUACGCAAGAACCGUAUCCACAGCGGCAAGCAGGUGGGCGUGUAUUUCUACGACAACGGCCAUGGCGUCCUGGAAGAUAACGACAUAUACAAUCACAUGUACUCGGGUGUACAAAUAAGGACGGGCAGCAACCCAAAGAUCCGGCGUAACAAGAUAUGGGGAGGACAAAAUGGCGGCAUUCUGGUCUACAACUCGGGUCUGGGCUUCAUCGAGGACAACGAGAUCUUUGACAACGCCAUGGCGGGUGUGUGGAUCAAGACCGACAGCAACCCCACACUGAGGCGCAACAAGAUCCACGACGGGCGCGACGGCGGCAUCUGUAUCUUUAACGGAGGCCGAGGCCUGCUGGAGGAGAAUGACAUCUUCAGGAAUGCUCAGGCAGGCGUCCUGAUCAGCACCAACAGCCACCCCAUCCUCCGCAAGAACCGCAUCUUUGAUGGCUUUGCUGCGGGUAUCGAAAUCACCAACCACGCCACGGCCACCCUGGAGGGCAACCAGAUCUUCAACAACCGCUUUGGAGGUCUUUUUCUGGCGUCAGGCGUCAAUGUCACCAUGAAAGACAAUAAGAUCUCCAACAACCAGGAUGCCAUCGAGAAGGCGGUGAAUCGAGGACAGUGCCUGUACAAGAUCUCCAGCUACACCAGCUACCCCAUGCACGACUUCUACCGGUGUCACACCUGCAACACAACAGAUAGGAACGCCAUCUGUGUCAACUGCAUCAAGAAAUGCCACCAAGGACACGAUGUGGAGUUUAUACGGCACGAUCGUUUUUUCUGUGACUGCGGCGCGGGGACGUUGUCCAAUCCGUGCACACUGGCCGGGGAGCCCACCCACGACACGGACACUCUGUACGACUCUGCGCCGCCCAUAGAGUCCAACACGCUGCAGCAUAACUGAAGCCCACCCCACCUCCAACCCCCUCCUUCCUCAGCAGGCGUCACGUCGUCUCACACGAACGCAGUGCGCGCACACACACACACACACACACACACACACACAUAUACAUAAGGCCACGCCACCUAUAAUCUCCCCCCCCACACACACACACACACACACGAAAGAGACGCUCUUGAAGACAGCGCUCUGGCAUAAGAUGAAAGCUGCAGUACAGUUAAGACUCAGACUUGACAGAGCAGAGAUUUGGAGGGUAGAAGCAGUCAAACCUCUACUCCUCCUUUACUUCCUGCUUCCUUCCCUUUGUGAAAAACGUGUGUGUGAGACGGAGCACUUCGGCUUUUUUUUUUUUUUUUUAAAGGAAAAAAAACAUUCUGAUCAAUGGAUUUUAUUUCAAUGCUUUAUCAUGUAGUUUUGUAUUUUCAAGCAAAAAGCUGACUGUAUUUGAAUGUUGUUUAUUUUUAUUAUAUAAUUAUUUCUUUGUUAGCGUCCCUGACCCCCACCCCGCUUCCCAAAAAAGGCUGCAGACGCUCUUGUGAGCCAGUGGUGAAGUUCUUUCCGUGAAAGAGAAUCUCGUUUAAACACAAUGAACCCUCUCUGCUUUUUUUCGACUUGAUUGGCAGGUGGAGUGACUCCGCCCACACUUGUAAAAAUAUGUGUGUGUGUGUGUGUGUGUGUGUGUGUGUGUGUGUGUGUGUACAGUUUUAUGCAGUCAGCGUUUAGCGGAGAGGGUUCCAAUAGGACCCAUCAGAGCUCCUUUUCGAACUGGAGCACAAGAGUUAUCUGCAAACUCCCACCCCUCCCCACAUCACACGCACCCUCAUCCUAACCUACACGCUCACACCCCCACCCCUCCCCCUGCCACCCCCAGUGUAUCGUGGUGACUGUGGCUCCUCAUGCAGCCUGAAUUGUAUGCAUGUACCAUAACAUCUAGACUUAAUAUAUUGUGAAGUAUUCAAUAACCAUUAUGUAGAUGCUAGUUGGAAUUCAAAAAAAAAAAGAGGGGGUAUACUUUUUUUUUCUUUGGAGGACAAAAAACAGGAAACUGGCCAUUUCUAAGAAAAUAAAACUUUAUUAGAGCUGAGGUGUCUUUUCAUCAAUUUCAUGGCUUACUUGUUUUAUUAGCGUUUAUUACGGUCUAAUGGCUUUAAAUCAGUGGUCACCAACCCGUCAAUCGUGAGAAUAUUAGGAAAAAAGUGCUGGCCGGGGGCUAUCUGUGGACCUUGGUUAAUUUGUCAUUGCAUCGCUGCAGAAACAAAAUGUAAAAACAAAAAUGGUAAAAAAAAAAAAAAUAGGGCAAAAGGCACGAUGGAAAAAAGCUGAAAUGUUGACAAUACAACUUUUUUAAUUUGCUUUAAAAACCAAUCGUUUUUCUAUGCCGCUUAUCCUCAGGGUCACAGGUAUGCUGGAGCCUAUCCCAGCUGCGUUUGGACGAGAGGCAGUGUACAACUCUGGACUGGUGGCCAGCCAAUGGCAGGGCACAUAUAGACAAACAAGCAUUCACACUCACAUUCAUACCUAUGGACAAUUUAGAGUCUCCAAUUAACCUAACAUGCAUGUUUUUGGAAUGUGGGAGGAAACCGGAGUGCCCGGAGAAAACCCACACACACACGGGGAGAACAUGCAAACUCCACACAGAGAUGCCCAACGGCGAUUCAAACCCAGACCUUCCCAAUUUUUCUCAGGACUUUGUGGCCCGCUUUAAAAAACCUUUCUACAAAAUAAACCAAUACAACAUUAUAUAGUAUGUGGGGGUGUAGAUCUUGUGCAGGUUCACGGACGAGAACAGAGAUCUUGGGCUUCAAAAUUCCAAAAGGUUGACCACUGCUUUAAAUCAUGACUUCAUUAUAGUAAUUACGCUUCACGGUCGCAGGGGGUCACCCUAGAGCAAAAAUAAAUUCAUAUCCGCCUGACAUUUUUCUGUAUUCUCUCUACUAGCCAGCAGGUCGCGACAAACGUACUAAAACAAGCCGCACCAGUACCACACUGCACAACUCCGAACCAAACACAACGGCAUAUUUCUAAAUAAUGCUUUAUUGAAAAUCUGUACAACUUCACUGACUAGUAAAAGACAAACUAGUGAGUACAACAACAACAAAAAGAGAUUAGGUUUUGACAGGAAGAGAGCGCGCUAGCAACUCUGUGAUGUAUGUGUUCUUUUCGGCGAGAAGCGCCUCCUUCAUCUUCCUCAGCUCACCCU